AUGACUCUCUCUGUUUUCCGUUCGAUCUUGGAGAGGAUCGCGACGCGGCCGCUGGUUCUCCUGCACGCGGCGGCGUGGACGGUUCUCCUUACGCUGACGGUGGCGGUGGCGUCGUUCUCGGCGGAGAUCGCCUUCGUGACGGCGAUAUCUCCGUCAUUUUCCAAGUCGUGUAACGCCAAGGGCUUUGUUAGGAUUCCGUUGAAUGAUCCAAUGGAGGUCCUCUGCUUCCCGGCGCAUAUGGUUAGGCGCUCCAAGUUGGAUUUCUUCGUGCCGACCGUCUUCGCCGCUCUCGUCGUCGCUGGCUCUGCUUGUGUCGUUCGGUCGUUUGCCUUGGCGGACAACAGAGGAUGA